CCGCUACAUUCCCAUUUUUCACUUUUCCUCCUUUCAUUUCUAGAGAGAGAGAAUAGGGUGGCGCAUGCACACUUUUUACACACACAAUCUCUCUCUCUCUCUCUCUCUCUCUCUCUCUCUCUCUCUCUCUCUCUCUCUCUCUCUCACUAUAUAUACACAGUUUCUCACACAACAAACAAUAUCACAAGUAGUUACACAUAGAAUUGACACAUAGGGGACCAAGCCAUCACGCCAAUCCUCACUACCUCUCACACGUUGUGAACCUAUACAUAUACAGAUAGAUACAGCCACCUACCUACACACUCCAAAUCUCAAUGACCCUUCAGGAGUAACACUGAAAAGAAACCAAAGGGUUUGGUUUGUUGGAAUUGUUGUAACUUGGUUCUGUUUUUGACAUUUAGAAAAUCAAGUGUGAUUUGAAUCAGAAAUGUUGACUUGCAUAGCUUGUUCUAAGAAUCUUAAUAAUGGAUCUCUUCCUCAUCAAGAAGAGGAUGAAGCUGUGCAAACACCUAGCACCAAACAAGCCAUUAAAGCUCUCACUUCUCAGAUCAAGGACAUGGCAGUGAAGGCUUCUGGAGCCUAUAAGAAUUGUAAGCCUUGUUCAGGAUCUUCCAACAAGAACAAAAAGUAUGCUGAUUCUGAUAUGGGAUCAGAAUCAGCAAGGUUCAACUGUGCAUACCGAAGAACCGGGAGUGCGAGUUCUACACCGAGAAUGUGGGGGAAGGAAAUGGAAGCUCGACUCAAAGGGAUUUCGAGUGGAGAAGGAACACCAACAUCGGUGAGUGGACGUACUGAGUCAGUUGUGUUCAUGGAAGAAGAGGAUGAACCUAAGGAAUGGGUUGCACAAGUUGAGCCUGGUGUGCUUAUUACUUUUGUUUCACUGCCCCAAGGUGGGAAUGAUCUAAAGAGGAUACGGUUCAGUCGCGAAAUGUUUAAUAAAUGGCAAGCUCAGAGAUGGUGGGCAGAGAACUAUGACAAGGUUAUGGAGUUAUACAAUGUUCAAAGGUUCAAUCAACAAACAGUUCCUCUCCCAACCCCACCCAGAUCUGAAGAUGAGAGUUCAAAGAUUGAAUCUUCAAGGGACAGCCCUGUCACGCCUCCUCUUAGCAAAGAGCGUCUGCCUCGUCAUAUUCACCACCAAAUGGGAAUGGGCUACUCCUCAUCGGAUUCACUGGAUCAUCACUUUAUGCAACCUCAGCCUUUCUAUGAAACAAGCCGUCUGGCAUCAAAAUCCAAUCUUUCUGACAUCGGUGUCUCAAAGACUGAAAGAUCAUCCAUUGAUGCUUCUGUAAGGACGAGUUCAUCGGGAGAUGAAGAAGAUCACUCGGGUGAGCUCUCAAUCAGCAAUGCCAGUGAUAUGGAAACCGAGUGGGUUGAACAGGAUGAACCAGGAGUAUACAUCACUAUCAGAUCACUACCAGGUGGAACCCGAGAACUUAGGCGCGUCCGCUUCAGCCGAGAGAAGUUUGGAGAAAUGCAUGCGAGAUUGUGGUGGGAAGAAAACCGUGCGAGGAUACAGGAGCAAUACUUGUGACUAUAGUAACGAACCUAUACACAGAUAACUACUUCAGCAGGCUAACAGGAGAGAGGACAAUGUGAAAGCUUUACAUUGCUGUGCAUUCUUAGAAUCAGUUUCUUUCUUUUUCCGUGGAUAAUUUUUAAGUGACUACAACUUUCAACUUUGGAGUUCAGUGUAGCUGUGGAGAAAUGCAGAUGUUGGGAAAUAUUAAUUAUUAAUAUUAAUUAUUAUUAAUAUUAAUUAAACUAUGAUAGUGCAAUUUUAGUUAUUAUAGUUAAACUUGUCAAUGUCUUGAUGUAGUUGUCAAAUAUUUUCUAUUUUGUUUGAAUUUUGAACUAUUCCAUGUGAGAUAACAUGUUUGGUUCUGUUACAAUGUUUACACUGGAAACUUGGUGCAGAAGACUGAAAAA